GAUUCUGAAAUGCGUAGAAUAAUUCAAAACUGUCAUAUUUCGUGUUACGUUUCGUCUUGUCAUAUCGUUAUCUUCUUUUUUAAAUAAUCAUUUGUAAAUAUUCACAUCAAAUUUAAGGCACUCGCACUGUUAGUGUCAUAUUUAAAUUGACUUUGAUGCUGAAUAGUUUGUAUCAAAAAAGUGUUGGUUGUUGGAAAGAAAGUUUGUGAACAAUUCAUAGAAGGAGUUGUAAUGAGUAAAAUUAAUUUAUCGUUUGCUGGUUGUGGAUUUUUAGGAAUUUAUCAUGUUGGUGUAGCAAGUUGUUUUCGGGAAUAUGCACCUCAUGCAGUUGUUUCCAGAAUUGCCGGUGCAUCGGUUGGUUCCGUAGCCGCAGCAGCUCUAAUAUGUGAUGUGUCUUUAGGUCAAACUACGACAGAUAUCCUAGGUAUUGCAGGAAGGGCUCGAUCCUUAACGUUAGGUGCUCUAAGCCCUAGGUUCAAUUUAAAUCAAACUCUGAGGGAGAAGCUAGAGAAAGCACUUCCUGAAAAUGCUCAUCAAAUCUGUUCUGGGAGACUUUUCAUUUCUGUUACACGAUGGAGUGAUAAGAAGAAUGUUUUGUUGUCUCAAUUCGACACCAAAGAGGAUCUAGUUCAGGCCAUUUUAUGCAGCUGCUUCAUUCCAGGAUACUCAGGGAUGAAUCUUCCUAAAUUUAAAGGAGAGAAAUAUGUUGAUGGUGGUUUGAGUGACAACCUUCCUGUAUUGGAUGAUGAUACCGUGACAGUAUCUCCAUUUGCAGGAGAACAUGAUAUCUGUCCCCAAGAUGAAAGCUUCAAUAUAAUGCAAGUGAAUGUGGCGAAUACAAGCAUUGCAGUUUCGCCUGGCAAUAUGUAUAGAUUUUAUAGAAUUUUAUUUCCUCCUAAACCUGAAAUACUUAGCAAAAUGUGUGAACAAGGUUUUGAUGAUGCCUUGAGAUACUUGCAAAGAAGACGUAUCAUAUCUUGUACUAGAUGCUUAGGCGUUAAAUCUGUAGUCAAAAUACAACAAAAAUCUGAAGAGGACUCUGGAAAUGAGCUUACGAAACUGGAACAUGAAUUUGAUGGAUGUGAGGAUUGUAAGAAAAAGAGACAAAAGGCCAAAGCCAGCAGCUUACCUGAUCAAGUUGUAUCAGCUAUUCAAGAUGCUUGUGACCAAGUGAACAAAGGCCUUUACAAUUAUCUGUUUAAUAACAGAUUCAUGAAACUUGUAAAAUUAAUGGGAAUGCCCUAUACCUUGUCUUAUGAUGUGUCUAUUGCAAUAUUUAUUAAGAUUUUGCACUUGUUACCAGAUUUUAGACAAGAGUUACUUAAUAAAUUCCAAGAUGUUAUUGCUCUUAUAAAACAGCUUCUUACCAAAUUGGAGACAAAGAACAUUUUGUACCGUGCCAUGUUCUCUUGUGAACUUUCAAUCACUGAGUUUAAUUAUUCUGAGGAAAAAGUUGAUCCUAUUCAAUCUGGUCUACCUCACAGAACCACCAUAAAAACUGAAGAAGAAAGAGUACCUAAGAGAAAGUUUUCAAUUAGACGUGCUUUGAGCGCUCAAAUAGUUCCUAAUGUAGAGCCACGCCAGCAGCGAAAAUCUUAUGCAGGCUUUCCUAAUAGUGCACAGCAACCUGAAGUGCCUCAAGUUCGCCGUAAAUCUUUAAGUGAAGUCAUUCAACCAGAGCGCGUGAUAAGAAAUAUGAGGUUUGGUUUUACAGUCGGUGUCAUGCCCGACCUCUCGUCCAACGACAAACACGCUGAGCUUUUCAAUUCCUUGAAGUCUUUAGGUGAUGAAGACAAUGAGCUGAACAUCAUGGAACUUGCAAAGACAGCAAUUGGAAUGCAACAAGAAUCCAUCCACCAGCAUUGUACAAAUAUGAAUUCCCAAACUGAUGAAAAUAUCAGCAAAGCGCUGGUGGUACCUGAUAGUAAUCCUCUUAUGAGCUAUUGUUAUAUGGAUGAAGAUAAAACCAUUAAAAUUAAUGAAAUCUACAAUGUCACUGAUGCCGACUCAAGUCUAGUCUUGACCGAUGAAGAAAGGUUGCUGAAUAGUGAAUUGGAAUGGGAAAACAAUUGGGUCAACCCAUCUGAAUUUAAAACUGGCUAUGAUAGGUCUUUUGUAGAUUCUUUAGACGAUCACGAAUUUGAUUAUAGCGAUAAUGAGUGUGAUAUAACGGGUAGUGAUGUUUUUCUUGAGACCAAAGAAGAUAUUUCUAUGGAAUCUCAUGAGGAGGAAGCUGUCACUAGGCGUCAGAGAAAAAUGGGGGUGGCUGUAACGAACAUUGCGGAAUUGAAACUCACGAAACCCCAUAGAAAAUCUUCGUUUGUUAUUAUGAACCAGGAAGAUGUUGAUAUUAGUAAGCCGCGUCGAAAAACUUCGUUUGUUAUAUUGAAAUAAGAAAAGUAUUUUAUAUUUAUUUUGAAAAUAAAUUUUUUACGCUACGAUGCCAUUUUUUAAAAAGAUCAAAAUUUGUAGAUAAAAAUAUUUUAGUUAAUGAUUUAAAGGCUAGUUUUGAUUUAUUUAUUUAUUUAAGUUUAAUAAGUUAAGAUUUUUUUUAAAAUUAUUAAUUUAUCAUUACCUCUUUUACUUUUCUUGUCUAAAUUAAAGGUUAUUUAUACUUUAAUGAUAUGACAGAGUCACUGUGUAGUUUCUUGUCUUAUGUGAUAGCUUUAAGAAUUUCAUCUGUAUGUUGUGUUCAAGCAAUGUGUGUUGAUGUAUUUUUCAUUAAACAUGUUUUUAUUUAUGAGCCUAUAUGUUGUAAUUUAUUCUUAUAUUAUACUAUGGGUACAACUAUCAUCUCAUUUUUUUUCCAUUGACAUUUGACUAGCAUGAUCUCAUUUUGUGCCAUUUGUAUUGAGCUGCGAGUGUAUUUAAACUUUCCUGUUUUCAAUGUUGAAGUCUUUGUCAUGUUAUUUUGCUUUGUGAAUAAAAUUUUAUGAAGCUUUAA